AUGAUCGUGCAUUGGCCGCGCGAGACGGGCGAUGAUGCUCGAUUGGGCGUGCGGGAAUCACUCGACUAUGCUCAAGCGUACAAACACAUCUGCUCUAUGGCUCGGCGGCGAGUAUUGGGCGGCAGCAACGAUCCCGACACCGGUACCCCCCCUGCUAUAGGUGGAGCAACUGUGCUCAUUGUAACGACGCCUCAUGUCGAUUCACUGGCGGCCACGCGCAUUCUGACUCAGCUCUUGGUGCAUGACGAGGUGCCAUUUCGUCUAGUGCCUGUCAAUGGCUACAGAGCCCUGCGACGGAUUCUUGCUCAGGACGUGCAUGAACACCACGAACUGCACACACUUAUAUUUGUGAAUCUCGGAUCACUACUUUCCUUGCCCCAAAUGAUGCCCCUCCCGCCGCACUGUACAUUGCAUGUGAUUGACUCCCACCGGCCGUGGAACCUAACCAACCUAUUUGCGACGUCGCGGCUCAAUGACCAAAUAUGGAUCUGGGACGACGGAGAAAUUGCGCAGCGCCUCGGAAAAGAACGCGAAGCCUUUGAAAUGCUCGAGUUUGAUUAUGAGUCUGACUCAGAGUCAGAGUCUGGAUUGGAGCAGGAGCUGGAACCCGAGCUGGAAUUCGAUUCAGAAGCGGAGUCAAGGCCAGACUCUCGAGGCCAUCACCCUGACACAAACCCAGAGCCUAGCACCAGCGAGGACCAUACCAUUCUUAUGGAAGCGUCGAGAAAACGCUCCCAUUCUCCCAGUCGUAAGGAGCGCAGCUCGAAACGCACCCGUCUCGAUGCGUCGCAGCGCCAAAUAUACCGCGCCAUACUCGCAAAAUAUUACGCGCGAGGAAGCUCGAUAGGCAUGAGUACAGCACAGAUGAUGUACAUGCUCGCCGUGUCGCUUGGUCGCAGCGAUCGCGAUAGCCUAUGGUAUGCAAUCCUGGGCUUGACUUCCCAAUACACGUCGAAUGCGAUUCAUGCGACUGCAUACGAUGGAUACGCAGCCGCCCUUGCUUCCGACGUUGUUGCCAUGAAUGCUGUGAGUGAUCAAGAUACCCCAUCGACCCUUCCAGGCGUCAAUGUACAUGGCGCAGAUGAUUCGUCCAUCCGUGUUCUCCCUGAAGAGCUACGGUUCACGCUUUACCGGCAUUGGAGUCUGGAAAUGAGCAUGUACCAUACCAGCUAUGUGGCUGCAAAACUCGGGAUCUGGCGCGAAAAGGGGAUCCACAAACUGCGUGGACUUCUCGCCAAAAUGGGCCUCUCACUGGCAAACUGCCGACAGACAUACGAGCACAUGGAACUCGAUCUACGUGAAUCGCUCGUGCAGCGGAUGGAGUCAAUUGCGCCUGAGUAUGGGCUUGUUGACUUGACGUUUCGCUCGUUCUUGCGGGCGUAUGGAUUUCGAUCUAUGCCCAUUAGCGCAUGCGAUGCCGUCGAAGGCAUCGCUGCGUUGCUCCAAGCAGCACAUGGUGUCCGCAUCGAAAUCGACGGCGUCCACAUCGUUCGGUCCGAAUCGACCGUACACGGAGGCACUCUACCGAUGGACCGUGCCGUGUCCUCUUAUGGUGGACGAACGCUCUGGGUACUCAAUGAUGACGAAGGCCUGCAUAUACCUGCGCUUUCCCGAGGCAACAGCCAAACGCCGGGAUAUUUGGACUCCAGCACAAGUGGGCUGCAACCAAUCCAUGCAAACGAGCCUCAAGCUAUGGCUCACGCACCGUCCAGCUCAUUCGCAUAUGAGAAUAAAGAAAUCGACAGUGAUACGUCGGCUGUUUGGGUGAAAAACUUUUUCGAAGCGUACCGUGCCAUGGACGCAUACAGGCCACAGAAUGUGGCGCUUCUUCAAGCAUCCUUGCAGCUAGCCAAGUCUCUGCACCAGGCCAUCGUUGCGCAAGGUGUCAGUAUUAUUGUAAAGCAGUCCAUCAAGACACUUCGCUCAUUCCGACUGACAAUCCUUCAAGAAGGUCCCUCGUUGCAUCUGUUUGUGCAACCAGACACUCUCACGCGACUUGGCUACUGGCUCAUUGACGCAUUGCGCGAUAUUGUGAGCGAACAGCACGCAAAACGAAUGGAAGCGAGACGCGAACGGAGACGUAGCAAGGGCUCCAGUGGGGAUGACACCCUGGACAGUCUAUCAUCGGCUCUUACCACACUGCCCUUUGUCCUAGCGGCUCUAGAUGCAUCGCGUGACGUGUUCGUCGUUGUAGGCAUUGUCGGCGCAGCUGAAUAUGGCGAUGUUGCAAAAAAUCAAUUCGGCUUAGCGUUUCAAGAUGCUGCGGAACUCAGUGGUGCUCGGAUGCGGAAUGAUCUCUUUGAAUCGAGUGUCUUGGAGGUUCGUCGCGCCGAUCUCAUGCCGUUCGUCGAGGCACUUCAUCUCAAAGCGUGA